AUGGAUAUUACAAGAUCACUCGGCGUAGCCACCGUCCUCGUAAUUCUCUACUCCGUUCAAGCCACAGUACAAAUGGAACAAACUGAGGAAGCAAUGCGAUGCGUAGAAAAACUAAUACCGUGUCAUCCGUACAUUAACACGGACUCUCCUCCGCCGCCGUGGUGUUGCAAUCCGGUAAAAGAGAUCGUCGAGAAAGACGAGACAUGUCUAUGCGGAUUCCUCAACCAUCCGGACAUGCUUGCACUCAUUAACAUCAGUCAAGAUGACGCUCUAAAUCUCAUUAAUUCAUGUGGAGCUAGUUAUGAUGAAUCACUUUGUAGCAAUAGCACUGAGAGCUCUUCUGGCAGCACGACGGAAAAUGCAGCCCUAGCUAUCAGUUUCUUGGGAUUUAGCUUCAUUUGGCUUUGA